UAGGUGAGGCUGCAGCGUGGAUCCUCGCUCCGCGCAAAUCCUCCGUUUGGGCAGCUGUUUCUGGGAAACCGCGGCAGAUAGGAGUUUGGGGAGGACGGUGAUCCAGCUACGAUUCUCUCAAAGGUCGCCCUCCCCCUGGACUUUGAAAUGCUUUACAUGAUCGGUUUGGGCCUGGGAGAUGCCAAGGACAUCACAGUCAAGGGGCUGGAAGUUGUAAGACGCUGCAGUCGAGUGUAUCUGGAAGCCUAUACCUCAGUCCUGACUGUAGGGAAGGAAGUUCUGGAAGAGUUUUAUGGAAGAAAAUUGAUUCUCGCUGAUAGAGAAGAAGUGGAACAGGAAGCAAAUAAUAUUUUAAAGGAUGCUGAUAUCAGUGAUGUCGCAUUCCUUGUAGUUGGUGAUCCAUUUGGAGCUACAACACAUAGCGAUCUUAUUCUGAGAGCAACAAAACUGGGAAUCCCUUACCGAGUUAUUCACAAUGCUUCCAUAAUGAAUGCUGUAGGCUGCUGCGGUUUACAGUUGUAUAGGUUUGGAGAGACAGUGUCUGUUGUUUUUUGGACGGACACUUGGAGACCAGAAAGCUUCUUUGACAAAGUGAAGAAGAACAGACAAAACGGCAUGCACACAUUAUGCUUACUAGACAUCAAAGUAAAGGAGCAGUCUUUGGAAAAUCUAAUCAAGGGAAGAAAGAUCUAUGAACCUCCUCGUUAUAUGAGUGUAAACCAAGCGGCCCAGCAACUUCUGGAGAUUGUUCAGAAUCAGCGAAUACGAGGAGAAGAACCAGCAGUCACCGAGGAGACACUCUGUGUUGGCUUAGCCAGGGUUGGAGCUGAAGACCAGAAAAUUGCAGCAGGCACUUUGCAGCAAAUGUGUACUGUGGACUUGGGAGGACCAUUACAUUCCUUGAUUAUCACAGGAGGCAGCUUGCAUCCACUGGAGAUGGAGAUGCUAAGUCUGUUUUCUGUACCAGAAAAUAGCUCAGAAUCCCAAAGCACUGAUGGACUCUGAACAUAGGCAUUUCUAUUGUUAGAUGUUAAUUUCAGUUAUAUAUGCACAUACACAUAUUUGUGUAAGAAAUCAAACAGGUCUUUUGGUUUACCUAAUAAGUAUAAAACGAGUGACCAAGAAGAAAGAUGCUGACUCAACAAUGCUUGGUUUCCUUUGUCAGUGAGUUUUUUCCCUAUGAUAUCAUCAGUUUUUGCUGCUAUUUUGGCAGUUUUUCAGGAUGUACAUACAUGGAGCAGACCAAGCUGGAAAACUUACAGAUAGACAUCCAUCGACAGAAUCAUUUAAAAGCAAUUUUUGUUUAUGAAAUCAGUUUAUACAAGGUGGAACUUUCUUCUUUCUUAAAAAGUCAGAUGUCCUGACUGCAAGAUAAGUUGUCCUGACAGCAUUUGGUAUUAAUGCAUAUAAACAGAGGUGGGAAGAAUAAGUCCCCACCCAACAGUCCUACUUACUUAAAGCUCAGCUGAGCACAUGCCACAAAAUGACAUCCUUUUGAAUUGCCUUGUCUUGUUUAGCUGACAUCCUAAUUAUGUGCCUCAUAUUCUGCUGUAUUUUGGAGGUUAUAUAACUGUUGAAUUAUAAAUGUUCAGCCAGCCAUGUACAGUUGCUGUUUGGUUUUAAAUAGCAUCUUUCACAUCCAAGCUGACAAAUGGAAAACUUGCUGACUGCAAAAUAAAAUUUUUAAAAA